AUGGCACGACUCAACACGGCCAAUUCACGGGCCCUCAAUGACUCUCCCCGGAAAGCAUGCUUGACAACAAAGGCUUCUCAGUCGCCCGCAAGCCCUAUUUUUCGUGAUCUAGGCUUUGGAACCAGUUCCUCCGGGGGCUCAACACAAAAACAGAAAAAGGAUUCAGGUACCUUCUUCGACAUCUUCUCAGAUGAGGACCAGUCUUUUGAAAAUACAGGCUUGGAGGGUGAUCAAAGCUCGUCAUCUAUCACCCCUAGGAAACAAAAGAAAACACGGACUCUCAAGCUCGCCAGAACCAACUCGCUCCUGCUUCCUUUGCAACAGAGACCACGCCAAAGACCCAUUGUUAAAUUGGAAACAGACGACUAUGAGAAAGAGAAUGAUCUCACAGAAUAUGGAACGGACACAAACUCACCAACAAGGAGCCCUGCUCCACCGCGAUCGCCGAUUAGACGAAACGCAGCACGAACCCCAGCACGAACCCCCAAAACCAACACAACCACCAGAACUUUCAGCAAUCUGAGUCCUGAAGUUGGAAGCGAAGAUGUUGGCGACAAUAGCUUUGCCUCCUUAGAUGACUUUAUUGUUAGUGACAAUGAGGAGCUAAGCUAUCAUGAGACAUCCGACUCUGAGACAGAGGUGCAAAAGAACCCAACACCCUCACCACCUCCUAAAUCCGCUCGAAAGAGGCUCAUAAGAGGACGGCGACCAGGCUUUGAUCUGUUUCAGAAUGUGGAUAGAAACUCUUCCCCUUCUGAUCCAAUCUGUCUAGAGGUCAAGCUUCCUGACUCUGUGAAGCUUCCUUCAAGCCCACCGGUGAACCCCAAACAAACGUUUCAAGAUGAUCUUGAUCUUUCUGCAAAGCUGGAUGAUCUGGAACUCAAUGGCGACAAUGAAUCAACUUCCCAGAUGGAAGUAGGUUCUACUCCGUCUGUCAUCGAGCUGGACUCAUCCCCACCAACGUUAAAAGCGACAAGCAAAGGUCCUCAGACACCACCAUCCAGUCCAUCAAGGAAGCGUUUCCUAGGAUCUCCAACGAAGGAAAAGUUCCGUAUCCCUCCAACACCUCAUCGUGAAAGCACGGAUGCUUUCUGGAGCCAGGACUUAACCAACGACUGGGUUGACCAACAUUCACCACGCAAAGAUAAAACUCCUGGGCGCUCUGUAAUUGAAUUGCUGCAGGACUUUGACGACUCAGACAACGAAGGCAGCAGCCAAGACACCACAAGCACUGAGUCCGACUCAAUGACCAGAGUGCCUGCGAAGGAAGCAAAGACGCCCAGCAAAACCGCUCUCAAAAAGGCCGAGACGGAAGCCCGCAAAGCUGCCAAGGCCCGCCGACUCUCAUUCGACAACAAGAAAGCAGACUUCGCGAAGACCUUCUUCCAUGUGCUCGACCAUGCAGUGGCAGGAGGUAAAGUCAGCCAGCUAGCUGAAAAGACUGGCGGUGUUGAGAUUGUCUGGUCUAAAACACUACAAAAAACGGCCGGUCGAGCGCAUUGGCGUGGCAUCAAGACCAAGGAUUCCGAUGGUCGCCAGAUCCCGGGCUCAGUCGUCCACCAUGCCACGAUCGAGCUCGCUGAGCGAAUCAUCGACGAUGAGUACCGGCUGCUCAAUACCCUUGCGCAUGAAUACUGUCAUUUGGCAAACUACAUGGUUUCCAACUGUCAUGACAACCCGCAUGGCGCUAGCUUCAAGCUAUGGGGAAAGAAAUGUGCUGAGGCAUUGAAGGAUCACCCUAUCUACGGUGGUCAGAUUAAUGUCACGACGAAGCAUUCGUAUAAGAUCGAUUAUAAGUAUGUGUGGGCGUGCGUGGGUUGUGAUCAGACCUACGGUCGUCACUCAAAGAGUAUUGACCCUACUCGCGUUCGCUGCGGUGCUUGUAAGAACAAGAUUGAGCAGAUCAAGCCCAAGCCACGGAAUGUGUCACCCAGGAAGAACCCCGGUACACCUUUCCAGAAGAAGACUGUGGAUGACGUGACACGAGAUUUCGGAAGAUUUGUUUUAUAA